ACCUGGCUAGCCAUCAGCAACGACUUCGAACUACUGUCGUAUAUUUUUGCGAUCGUAAGCAUAAUGGCGUAUUGCGACGUGUAGUGAAGUGAACAGCGUGCUCGUGAAAACCCUUCGAUUCGAGGAACGUUUCCAUUAGAUUUUACGUGAAUUGUCGGGACCCGACACGAGGGUAUUUACCAGGCGGAGAAUAUGGCCUAAUCGGCCUAUUUUGGAUUGUGAAAUUCGAGGCUACUUCUUACGUAUGUGACGCAGUCAUUUUUACGUCUCGUGAGAUUCUGCUGAUUGCCAGUGGAGUUGGAAAAUUCUAUCGCUCGAUCCGGACGACGAAGCAGCUGCUGCAUUUAGAAGGCUGGAAGGUUUAGUGUCCGCUGUUGCUGCUAGUGGAAAUAAAGAAAGUAACUCAGCUGUGACGGAAGGAAAAUAGGUGAAGGAUAAACAAGGUUCCUGCUGGCAAAAAUGUCAUCGAUUGUCGAUAUCAUCAAGCACUAUCAGAAGAGCAUCGACAAGUCACUCCACGAUGAGGCACGGCUCGCUCAUUGCAUCAGCAAGCUGUACCGUCUUCCGGUUUCGGUACAACAUUUGCAAGACACCGGAAUCGGGCGCACGGUAAACGGUCUCCGAAAGUACGAUGGCGAAGUGGGUGUCGCUGCGAAGGCGCUUGUGACCAAAUGGAAGAACAUGGUAGCGGCGGAAGAAUCGGACAAUGGUGAACCGGAGACGCACCAUCAACACGAGGAGGAACAUGACAACCAGCAAGAUGAAGACAAUUACGAUGAAUCCCGUCUUCAGGUGGACGAGGAUCAUGAUAGUGACGAUCAUCCAGAAGAGAAUGGUGCAGAUGAGGACGAGAAGGACGACGAAGAGGAGCAGAAUCAUCAGAACCAAGAGUUUGAAAACCAGGAUGAGUACCAAGAAGAACAACAACUAAAUCAAAUAAAGAACGGUCACGAUAGUGAUCACAGUAGUGAAAGUAAAUUCCAUCGUGAUUCUGAUCGUCACAGUAGUAGCAAGCAUAAGAGUGAAAAACAUGGCUCUCACGGUUCAUCCAGUUCAAAGGACAGUGAACGGAGCCGGGAUCGUCAUGAUAGGCAUCGUGAAGGAGACAGAACUAAACAUCACAGCAGCAGUAGUAGCAGUUACAGCAGCAGCAAAAAGCAACAUUCGUCGCCGUCUUUGUCGUCGACAUCUUCCUCCUCGAAGAAGUCGUCCAGUCACGGUGACGAGACAAAAGAAAGAAGGGAAAAGCACAGCAGUAGUAGCAGUAGCCGGAAAGACUCUAGUCACACGAAUGGAAAGGGAAGUAGUCACAGUAGCAGUAAGGAGAAAGCUAGCUCUAGCGACAAGCAUCACACAAGCAAGUCAAAGGAAAGGUUAAAUGGUGCUACGAAUGAGGACGAUAAUCACAAGCGCAAAAGAACUUCGGAGGAUGAAGAAGAGACUAUAGUGAAAAAAUCGAAAAAGGAGCACUCCAGUGAAAGCAGAAGUAAGCAUAGCAGUAGUAGUAAAGAUCGAUCUAGUAGUAAAUCUUCCAGUAGUGGAAGUAGCAAAGAUAAGGACAAGAAGUCCUCCUCCGAAAAAAAAGAAUCUUCGUCCAAGAAAAAGAAAGAGCAGCCACCACCUGAAGAUUCAGCAGACGAAGGCGAAGACGACAGCGAGUUCGACAAUUCCGGAGGAGCUAGCUUCGCCGAUGCCCUAGCUAUGAUAGGAGUACCAUCGUCUUCUAAAAAGAAGGCUUCCAGCAAGGUAACCAUCGAUAAAGUAUCCACUAGUAACAGUAUGCCGCCGCCUCCGGUAAAAUCCGACAAGAAACGAUCGUCCACUUCGUCGUCUUCAUCGAGCAAAAGCAGCAAAUCGAAUCGAUCGAUUUCACCUUGUAGUACGGCUAGUAGCAGUGGCUACAGCAGCACUUCGUCAACUCCUUCCCUACUGGCGCAGAAGCCCAGUCCACUGCCCGUAGCAGAAAUUGUCGAAUCCUUACCCAUGAUCUCGCCCAACUAUAAACCAAUGCCACUGAAUCAAACCGUCAUGGAGUGCGUUUUCUCAAACAACGGUAAACCGCAGAAGCGCGCUCUUACCGAGGAGGAAGCUCUCGGACAAAGCAUGCAAUCGAAGAACAUUCGGACGAAGGUCUACUCCGGCGUGAAGAGCUUCAAGGGUGAGGUUCCUACGUUGUACAAUAUGUGCAUCCGGUUGCUGCAGGAGCACAUCGAUCUGAUUGAUUACACUGGAGGCAUUCCGUUCGAUUUGCUGAAACCAGUGCUAGAGAGGGCAACCCCCGAUCAGCUGUUCACUUUGGAGAACUACAACCCCUACCUAAUGGAGGACAGCGACGUCCUGUGGGAACAGCAUAUCAAGCGCAACUUCCGCAGUCAGAAGCGCAAGGAAGAGGAAUGCGAGUCCUGGCGGGAGAUGUUUAUACGAUGCUCUGAGGAGCGAGAGACCAAACUUCUCAGCCUGACGGCCAAUAUCAAACAGUCACAGGUGGAGAAGACGGCUCCAAUCCGCAAGACACAACUCGCGUACGUGGACUCGACCGCAAAACCACCUCGCAAUAUUAUCAGCAAACAGGCCCGCUUCGGGACGGCUCAGGCGCCGGUGGUGUCACCGGCUGCUCGGGUUGCGGCUCUUAAAAAUGGGUCUAACGUUGCGAAGGCGGGUGACUCUCGACUAAAAGUGGCUGCCGGUGCGCGGGAUAACGCCCAAGUCCAAGUUUUCCAGCCAACGAAACCAAAAAAGGCGCCCCUAAUGUCCAAAGUCAUGCAAUCCAUCAAAGGGUUCAAAGGCUUCCGACGAUAGACGGUGGAAUAGGAUAUGAUGAUAUUGUAGAAUUUAUGUUGGACUUGUUUUAUGAGUAUAGGUGGCGUGAAUUGCUGGUUUGGCUAUACUCAAUCAUUGGGCAAUUCUCACCUCCUCUCACUUUACUCGUAGAGUAGGCUCAAUUGUUUUAAUACAUUUGUAUAAAAUAUGAGAUGGAACGCUGUUGAGGAUCAGGGUUCAAAUGCCUUACUAAAAAGGUAACAGGACUGAAUGACUGGAAAUGUUUUAACAUUUCGUUAACUACUCAACAAACAAGAACGAUAAAUUGCAUCUAGCUGUUACAGUUUACAUCCAAACUUUAAUGUAGGAAUGCUUUUCUCGAAAUUUGUUUUUACUAUUUCAUAACUGAAAUUAUUUAAUUUAUUCGUUUGCAUCUUUGGUAGGAUUGUUUACUUUUAGAUAAAAAAUUUACUUCUGAAUCAGAUUGUACAAAUUCCUGCGUUGCCGUUUCUUAAACGGCAAAAUAUAGUGAUACAAGCACCGUUUAGAUCCUUUAGGUAAUUUAUUAGUAAAUAACUGUAUCUAAUUCGCUUGGUUGAUAGAACGUACAUUUGGUUGUAUCCCCAGGUAGGUUCCAAAUCUUCAUUGUUUUUUUUUUUUAAUAUAACUUGACUGAUGCAGUCAUAAAAGCAGAA